AUGAAGAAAGCAGAGGAUGAAUUGGCAAAUGGAAAUAAGAGAUUUAUCAAGGACGAUUCAGAUCCAAAGAAUAGAGUUUAUGCAUUCCGUGUCGAUCCACUGGAGAUAUUAGUGUUUAUGGGUGUUGCAAUCUUUAUGGGAUACUACCUAACAUCUUCAGAUGGUUCCCAUGAAAUCACAUUCCAAGAAUUCCGCACAAACUUUUUAGAUAAAGGAUUCGUCCAGAAGCUUAUUGUCGUGAACAAAUCUUUGGUUCGUGUGGUUCUAAACGAUAAUGGUAAACAGUCAUUAGGCGGACAAAACUAUUACUACUUUACACUUGGUUCCUUAGAUCAAUUUGAGCACAAGUUAUCAAAGGCUCAAGAUGAGAAUGGAGUGGCCGAUGACUUCCGUAUUCCUGUUGUCUAUGCACAAGAGGGGCAUUUCUUGCGUUCAAUGUUCCAAUUCUUGCCAACCUUGUUGAUGUUGGCUGGUUUAUUCUGGCUGACAAAGCGCUCGACUCAAGGUGCUGGUGGUGCUGGAGGUGGUAUCUUUGGCGUGGGUAAGUCUCAAGCAAAGAAAUUUAAUCAAGAUACAGAUGUUAAGGUUAAGUUUAAAGACGUUGCAGGCAUGGAAGAGGCCAAGGAAGAAGUGAUGGAGUUUGUGUCUUUCCUUAAAAACCCUGAGAAGUAUGAAAAGUUGGGUGGUAAGAUCCCAAGAGGUGCAAUCCUUUCCGGUCCUCCAGGUACCGGUAAGACCCUCUUGGCUAAGGCUACUGCUGGUGAAGCUGGUGUUCCAUUUUAUUCCGUUUCAGGUUCAGAGUUUGUCGAGAUGUUUGUAGGUGUUGGUGCCUCUCGUGUCCGUGAUUUAUUCAAAACGGCACGUGAAAAUGCCCCAUCUAUCGUUUUUAUUGAUGAAAUCGAUGCCAUUGGUAAGGCUCGUACAAAGGGUAACUUCUCUGGUGCAAACGAUGAACGUGAAACCACACUCAACCAAUUGCUUGUUGAGAUGGAUGGUUUCCAAAGCUCAGAUCAUGUUGUUGUUCUUGCAGGUACUAAUAGACCAGAUGUUCUAGACCCUGCUUUGUUGAGACCUGGAAGAUUUGACCGUCAUAUUCAGAUUGAUAAGCCAGAAUUGGAAGGACGUAAACAAAUCUAUGGUGUUCAUUUACAAGGAAUCAAGUUGGCAAUUUCUAAAGACUCCCCAGAGUUCCAGGAUCUCUGUGGUAAGUUGGCUGCACUCACACCAGGAUUUUCCGGUGCGGAUAUCGCCAAUGUUGUCAACGAAGCGGCAUUGAUUGCAGCACGUCACGAUGACCCAGAGGUUGUUUUACACCAUUUCGAGCAAGCCAUUGAACGUGUUAUUGCAGGAUUGGAGAAGAAAUCCAAAUUGUUGUCACCACAUGAGAAGAAGGUUGUUGCUUACCAUGAGGCUGGUCAUGCCAUUUGUGGUUGGUAUUUGGAAUUUGCAGACCCAUUGUUGAAAGUGUCCAUCAUUCCUAGAGGACAAGGUGCCUUGGGUUAUGCACAGUACUUACCACCGGAUAUCUACCUCUUGAGUGUUGAUCAAUUGAGUGACAAGAUGACCAUGGCGCUUGGUGGCCGUAUCUCCGAAGAGUUGCACUUUGACUCUGUUACAUCUGGUGCAAGUGACGAUUUCAAGAAGGUUACAAACAUUGCCAAUAACAUGGUUGUGAGGCUGGGUAUGUCUCCAAAGAUUGGACCACUGGCGCUUGAACGUAAGGACGAUUCCGACAUGACCAAGCCGUUCAGUGAAGAAACCGCAACAAUUAUCGAUUCAGAGGUUUAUCGUAUCGUUAACGAAUGUGCUGAUCGUUGCCGUAACCUCUUGAAGGAGAAAGCUGAUGAAGUUGAAAAGGUUGCACAGUUGUUGUUGAAGAAAGAGGUAUUGACCAGAAACGAUAUGAUUGAGCUUCUAGGACCAAGACCUUUCAAAGAGAAGAAUGAGGCAUUUGAGAAGUAUUUGGAUCCAAAGAACGAUCCAAGUGGCUCGCCAUCUUCAGCCCCGGCUUCCUAA